AUGGAGGUUCGCGUCUCGAAGCGCCAACUCGACGAGGUCACGCUGCGCGUCAAGUGGCUCGAGUUUGUUUAUUUGCAUCUCGAAAAAGCACACAUGAACUGCGUCGAGUUAAUGACGAGGGACGAGCUGAAGAAGCGGGACGUGCACGGCCAGACGGCGCUGCACAUCGCGGCCAAGCUGUCUAACCUGGAGGCGGUCAAAUAUUUCUGCUCGGCCAUCCCGGAGCUGCGGGAUGUUUCUUCGAAUAUUGGAGAAAUCCCUGCCACAAUCGCCGCCGGUGUCGGCCAGAUGCCGGUGCUCGAGGUGUUGCUGCUCGGCAGCAACAAGGAGGCCGCCAAGAUGGCCAUGCAUCGCGACGUCAACGGCACGAGCGCACUAAUGGCAGCGGUAGCCAGGGGUGACAACGAUAUGGCAUUCUGGCUUUUGAAGCGAUUCGGAAAGAAUCUCGCUAUGGUGCCAAACUCGGCGCAGAUGAUUCCGCUCCAUGUCGCUGCAGCUCAAGGAAACAUUGAGUUCAUCCGCAUUGUCACCAAGUACAGCAGUGAGAUGGGCGGAUGCCUGACGAGUGUACGGUAUCUGGUGGAGAAGGCGCAUUCGGAGAUGGGAUCUGUGUCGAAUCGAGGUCAAUCCCUGCUACACAUCGCCUGUCUCGCCGGGCAUGCCCAUAUCGCAAAAUGGCUGCUGGCUAGGAUGAGCCCCGAUGCCGCGUUGUGGACGACGAACGAUCAGGCGAAUGCCGUGCAUUGUGCUGCUUUCUCCGGCUCCGUGCCCGUGCUCCAAGUGCUCCUCGGCGAGUGGUCAAAGCGAAAACGGGGACAAGUGCUGUCCCUUCGAGACUCCCGCGGCAACACGCCACUCCACCUGACCGCCAUCAAUAAUCACCACGAUGCCGCCGUGUUUUUGCUCGACAACGGGGCAGAAAAAGUGUUGGUGAACAGUGCCGGCCAUGCGGCGCAGGCGAUCGCAUCGAUGAGAGGGCACCACGACUUAGCCAAGUUGCUUUCCGCGCAGUCAGAUCUUGUAAAAGGGAAGAGAAAAGAGCGAGAGUCGGGUAGGUCGAGGAGAAGCGCCGCGGAGCAGCAGCGAGUGACGAGUCCGGCGAGUACAGCGAUGGUCAGCCCGAUUGAGAUCACUACGAUGAACACCCGCGCCACUACCGCUCUCAGCCACCGUAUGCACAGCCCGCAGCAGAUGAGCAGCGGCUACGAUAGCAGCGGGGCCAGCGAGGCGGGUGUCGACAUCGUUGAGCGCCGCCCGAUGCGGUACGUAGAAGAUGACGAGGGUCUGGGAAGUGCAUCCCCAUCAUUUGAUUCGAAAAAAGACCAGGAGGCGCAGACUGAUGAGGAUUUGCUGGUUGACCAUAUUAAGAUCAUCGACGAUCGAGAAUGGACGGCCGCCGUUGCACAAAUUGAUCGAGUGCUCGAAGAGGUCGAGCAGAUCGCCAUU